CAAGGAAUAACUCCCGCUGCCUCUCUGUCUCUCCCACUCCCCUCUCUCUCUCCGUCCUCCUCUUCUCUCUUCCAGCAUGCUGCUCUCCCAUCUCCCCUCUGCUCCUCAUUUUCAUAUCAACUUGAACUAUUCUUGCAUUUAAUAUUUAAUGGUUAACAGGGGACUCGCUCAGUCCGGCUCUUCCUCCCUCUUCCUGUCUCCGCUCGGCACUCCUCUCAGCACCUGUUAGUCUUCCUUUCCUCUCCGCUCCGCUCUGGAAUCCCCUCUCUUUUUUUAUGAGGAGUUUCUCUCUCUGCGCUAUCACUGAGCCCCAUGACUGUGCGAAAGGGAAAAAGUUUAGCCAUCACCAUCCAGGAGCAUAUGGCCAUCGAUGUCUGUCCGGGUCCCAUUCGUCCCAUCCGCCAAAUCUCUGCUUACUUCCCUCGCCUCUCGCCCACUUCCUCAUUCUCAGAGCCACUCUCACCAAAUCACACAGUGGCAGCUCCCACUGCGCUCAGUCCUGGGGGUCAAGGUGGAGGCGCCUUUGGAGCAGGGGGAGGGAGUAGCGGCCUGUUGUCGCCGCUGUUACCCGGGGCAACGGCUGGUGGAGGCUCACUGUCAGCGACGAGCAGCAUGGAUACGUCUAUUGAGAUUGACAGCUGUGACAGCGAUGACAACACCUCAUUGGGAACGCUUGAGUUUGACCUGCUGUAUGACAGAGCCACCAGCUCGCUGCACUGCACCGUCCUGAGAGCAAAGGGCCUGAAGCCCAUGGAUUUCAAUGGUUUGGCUGAUCCUUACGUCAAGCUGCAUCUCCUCCCGGGAGCCUGCAAGGCAAAUAAACUGAAAACCAAGAUUGUUCGCAACACCCUGAACCCAGUGUGGAAUGAGACGCUCACCUACUGUGGAAUCACAGAGGAAGACAUGUAUCGCAAAACACUCAGGGUGUCUGUGUGCGAUGAAGACAAGUUGACACAUAAUGAGUUCAUUGGGGAAUCGCGAGUGGCGCUGCGCCGUGUGAAGCCUGACCAGACCAAACACUUCAACAUCUGUCUGGAGCAUCCACCUCCCCUUCCCUCGCCAACAGCGAUGAGCACGGCGUUACGUGGAAUCUCCUGCUACCUGAGAGAGUGGGAGAUGGAGCAACAGAGAAGUCUGGAAGAAAGAGGACGUCUGCUGCUCUGCCUCCAGUAUGUCCCUCCGGCCGUGGAUGAGGAUGGACAGGGCGAACUCAAGGAAAGGUCUCGGGGAGGUCUUUGCGUUGGGGUGAAACGCUGCGCCCACCUAGCCGCAAUGGACGUCAACGGCUAUUCCGAUCCCUAUGUCAAAACGUACCUGAAGCCAGACGUUCACAAGAAAUCCAAGCACAAAACUGCAGUCAUUAAAAAGACCCUAAACCCAGAAUUUAAUGAGGAGUUCUUUUACGAGAUCUCCUUCUCGGAGUUAGCCACCAAGACGUUAGAGAUCACCGUGUGGGACUACGAUAUUGGGAAGUCAAAUGACUUCAUUGGUGGCGUGUCUCUAGGGUGCCACUCACAAGGGGAGACCCUGCAACACUGGAUAGACUGCCUGAAGAACAAGGGACAGAAGGUGGAACGGUGGCACACGCUGACCAACGAGCUGCCCGGAUCCUCAGUGCAGGAAUGAACUGCUCCUCUUGACUGACACUGGCCGAGCAGCGGGACGUCUUGCAGCAUGGCUUAGGGCAUUUUCUGCAUGAUAAUGAUGGGUUGAUAUUCCAUUUACUUUGAGACAUAAAUGAGUUAAUAAUUCACAGCCGCAUCGCUGACUGUUAGAUCACUGCGUUCCUUUCGGGGAGGACUGGAAUAUCCGGCAUAUUUCAACCAUAACCAUCCAGCUGGCCCCAGUCCGGACAGAUCAUACCUCAGAUCAACCAAACAUGCAAGAAACAUGAAGAAUUAAAGAGAUGUGACUGCGUGCUCGGACCAUCAUGUCGUUCUCCGCGCCACGUUUGCCUGCUCAAACCAAUCUGUCAAGAGAUUUUCAUGAACCUUUGACAUAAAUUCAGGCAGCACAACGACCCGUCCCUUUGCAAUAACCUUUCACAUAAUGCUUCCGAAGAAUGUCAGCUGCUGGCGUCAGACAUUAAUGUUUCUACUGCCGUGAUUGUCCUUCGAUUUUCUGGAGACGGCGCACAAAAUGAAGACAGUGGGUUCUUCCACGUUGAUGGCUUGUGUCAAUUACUUGCAUGUUUGAUGUUGUUGGAGCAAAUUAAGAGUCAACUCUGCUGCAGGACGACCCUUUCUCAUGUUGUUGUCCCCACCAAGUAUUAUCUUUUUCCUCCAGAUAACCAUGAAUUAUCAAAUGGCACAAGCGCAGGUGUAUGCAGGGGCUGUUCGGGAGGCUUAUCUGCUGCAUGGUAAAUGGAACUGUUGACGUGAAAAUGUGUACAUGGUGUAAAGCACAGUGUUGUCUGAUUCCAUCCACAGCACUGUUCUAUUUGUGGAAUGCGUUUUACAAGCUGUGGCUUCUAUCUGUCAUCAGUGGAAAAAGGCAUGCUGAAUAAAACCAGUGGCGUUCAUUUGUACAUGAACUACUCGACUGUUGGUUGA